AUGGCCGCCGCAUGUCAGCCAUGUGCGCGACCCGCAAGCACGAACAAGCUGACCACGGGAGAGCCCAUCCAACACCAACCGACCAUCAUGACAGCUUGCCCCAGGACAUGGCUGGCUGAAAACAAUGCGCAGACUCAGGUGCAAACAACUAACAACAAGCAGAGCAAAAUGGGGCACAAAAAGGGUGAAACCCCACUGGACUAUCUUUCUAACGCAGACUCACUGCUGCACAUGGGAGGCCUGCUCAGGCUGCAUUACACCCGAAAGAGGUACCUGGUACAAAAGCUACAGACAAGAAGACGCCACCGCCAUAGUCUGAACCAACACACCUGGACACCCUACUACCACCCAUCAAAGGGGACCCAUACCUCUUUUGUGAGGGCACAUCACUCCACACUCCGGGAACGGGACUUCUUUAUUACCCGAAGACACCGGGACGAGCCACCGGAACACUGCACCCUGCGGACACUUCAUCGUUCAAACCAGCCUCCAAGCCGGGGUAUCAGAUGA